AUGAGUACUGUUUAUUACAGAGAUUGUGACGAUGAAAAGAGGUCGUCCGUCGUUAGCACCGUCUACAUUUGCGGCUCCCCUCCAUCUAGAGAUCCCGGCGCGAUCCUCCACUGGAGGAUUUUCCUCGCUCUUCCGAAACGCAGUUCUAUCCGCUUCGACAUGACCCCGGGCUCGGAUAGUAUUACCGGAUUGCUGAUGGUUACAGGCCAUCAGUACCAUACGUCACAGAGCAGCACUCGCAUUGUCGUCGUCGAUGCGGCGCGGUCUGAUACCACCGCCGAUCAGUUCAUCUCCGUGUUGUUGGAGCUCCAGCGUGACAAGUACCGCUACGAUGGCAGCGGUAGCGGUUGCAGGUAUUGGUGCACGGUCGCUCUGAAGGACUGGGAGAGGGCUGGCCUUCUGCCAGCCGGCUCGCACGAAAAGCUGGCGCAAAGCUUUGUCGACAUUAACAAAGAGAAUCCUGCUCAAGUACCGAUGCCUAUCCGCGAGGGGAUCUUUUACGCUUAA